GUCCUAUGGGCAGCGGUGGGGGAGAGCUCACUGUGGGGUCGUUAGUCUAGUGUCUCACCCAGAUUUCUUGGCGAGACUUGCUUUUGCAACCUGGCCUUACUGAUCUUCCUGGCGCCCCCGACCCCUACCCCCCACUCGAAUUGCUUUCCUUUUGGGGCUUCGCUGCUCCUGGUACCCGGUCACCGCUACGCUGUAAGGGUAUCUACUCCUAAGUAUUUGGUGAUUGCUUCUUACUGUGCCUCCCGAUGAAAAGAAGUGCUUUGUAGAAUUCUUGCUUAAAUGAUCUCAUCCUCAGAAGCAAGGAAACGAAUAAUCAGCGUUUGUCGGAUUCUAGUGGGUGAAGGCUAUGCCACCUCCUGGGAAAGUUCCACGAAAGGAUGACCUGGAGCUGCAGUGUGAAUGGGGGUCCUGCUCUUUUGUGUGCUGGACUGUGGAAGAGUUUUUCGAGCAUGUCACUCAGCACCUGCAGCAGCACCUCCCCUCUGGGGAGGAGGAGGAGGAGGAGGAAGACCCGCUUGAGGAAGAAUUCUCCUGUCUGUGGCAGGAUUGUGGCUUCUGCUCUGUGGACAAUUCAGCUGAUCUCAUCCGCCAUGUCUACUUCCACUGCUACCAUACCAAGCUGAAACAGUGGGGACUGCAAGCCCUGCAGAGCCAGGCCGACCUCAGCCCCUGCAUCCUGGAUUUCCAGAGUCGCAACAUCAUUCCUGACAUCCCUGACCCCUUCCUUUGUAUGUGGGAGCACUGUGAGCGUUCCUUUGACAAUCCCGAGUGGUUCUACCGGCAUGUGGAGGCGCACAGCAUGUGCUGUGAUUACCAGGCAGUCGGCAAGGACAACCAGAUGGUGCAGUGUGGCUGGAAAGACUGCACCUGUACAUUCAAGGACCGAUGUAAGCUUCGAGAACACCUCCGCAGCCAUACCCAGGAGAAGGUGGUAGCCUGCCCCACCUGUGGGGGCAUGUUUGCCAACAACACCAAGUUCUUGGAUCACAUUCGACGGCAAAGCUCAUUGGAUCGGCAACGCUUCCAGUGCUCUCAUUGUUCCAAGAGAUUUGCCACAGAGAGACUGUUGCGAGACCACAUGCGUAACCACGUGAAUCACUAUAAGUGUCCUCUGUGUGACAUGACCUGCCCAUUGCCAUCGUCUCUACGCAACCACAUGCGCUUUCGCCAUAGCGAGGACCGACCCUUUAAAUGUGACUGUUGUGACUACAGCUGCAAGAAUCUGAUUGACCUCCGGAAGCAUCUGGAUACCCAUAGCAAAGAGCCGGCCUACAAAUGUGAUUUCCAGAACUGCAGCUUCACUGCCCGGUCUCUGUCCUCUAUCAAGUCCCAUUACCGCAAAGUGCAUGAAGGAGACUCAGAGCCAAGGUACAAAUGCCAUGUGUGUGACAAAUGUUUCACAAGGGGCAACAACCUCACUGUGCACCUUCGAAAGAAGCAUCAAUUCAAGUGGCCUUCAGGACACCCCCGUUUUCGGUACAAGGAGCAUGAAGAUGGCUACAUGCGACUGCAGCUGGUCCGCUAUGAGAGCAUGGAACUGACACAGCAGCUGCUGCGGCAGCCACAGGAGGAGUCGGACCUAGGAGCAGCCCUGAAUGAGAGCAGCCUGCAGGGCAUCAUUCUCGAGUCAGUGCCAGGCGAGUCAGGAUCCCAGGAAGAGGCUGAAGAGGAAGAGGAGGGCGGGGUCAGUGAGGAGAUGUCUCUCUCUGCCUCUCAGGACACUCCCAGCUCUGUCAUCCACAUGGUGAAUCAGACCAAUGCCCAGGGUGCUAGAGAGAUUGUCUAUUAUGUGCUGGCAGAAACCCCUGGAGAGCCCCCGCCAGACCCUGAGCCCCCCUUAGGGGGCAUCGUGGAAAAGCUUCAGGGAAUAGCUGAGGAGCCAGAAGCCCAGAUGUUGUGAAGGACACAGACAAAGCCUGAGCCUUCUCAACCUAGGCCCUGGGGUUCAAGCCAGGCUGAUGGUAGUGCCCCCAGUGGGCAGCUCUUGCCAGUGGAUGCCUUUGGGAGUGGCACUGAGAACAGAACAGCCCAUUCUGAACUGGACUUGCAUCAUCUGGCAGAUUCUAGAAUGUUUUUUGCCAGACCACCUUUCGUGGAGCCUGAGGAAUUUGGAAAUCUUUAAGGGAGACACCCUGCUCUCUCUGUGUUCUCAUAGAAGGGACUAGCAUCGGGUUUAGUCCUGAUCCCUUAGAUGAAGUAAAACAGAGAUUAAAAUCCUUUGUCAUCUCACAUCCACUCCUUUAUUUAGGGGUCCUUAGGCCCAGGAGAAAGUGUGACUGGUCCCCAACAAGGGCCCUUCCUCACAGUUAAGGCAUUUGUCAAUCAGGGAGCCAUUUCCCUUUGAACCCUUCUCCCUUAUAUCCCCAGGGACUUUGAUGGUUAUCCUCAGGGACAGGGUCAAGUGUGUGGGUAACAGCUGUUUUUGGUAAUAAAAGAAAUGCCUGGACUGUU